UGGCCCCACGAUUAUCGAACUUGACACAAAUAUCGAACAGAACUGACGCUCUCGGUUCAGUCGCUUGUAACAAGGCACACGGUCAACAUGGCAAUCGUCAAAAUUCUUCUAAGUCUUGCACUUGUCGUAGCGUGCGGGGCCAUGCAGGCCAACUACUUCGGGGGCCCUGGCAAUGCACCAAGGAUAUCGGUACUGAUUGAGAAAUCCUCGAACAUGUCCCCCAGCAUGGAGUUGGACGCUUCCGAUAUGUUAAAGGACGCGAUCGCGUCGAAAGGUGCGCAACACCACAGCGAAAUCUGUAACACGUUGAGGCAAAAUUACGCUCACAAGCAUGACGGGUUCGUAUGGCACGUUGUUAUGUACAAGGCCUACUCGAUCCAACCCAUUAAAAGUAUCGAAUUGAAGGUGGAUCAUGAUAUGUAUAUGCUUUUUGCCACUAAAAAAUAAUUGUAUUUUAUGCUCAAUUGACAAUAAAAAAGUUGUUUAUCGCGUUUUUA